AUGGCGUUCCCACCACGCUCGAAGAACGGACGCAUGUACUCGCCGCAGGUCUGGUUUGGCGGGGCCUGGAAGCGAUUAUACGCCUGGGGCGCAGGAGACGGUGCGGCUGUGCAGCUCUGUGGUGACCAUGCCGCUGAUGAGGCGGGUGAAGGGGUUGAGCUGGUAGAGACAGGCGCGCCAGAAGCCGGGCAUCUGGGGCUUGGUGAUGGCGACGCCGCAGAAGAGUGA